AUGCUGUCGACCUGUAAAGGUGUACCAGUCGCAGCUCCAGAGCGAGAAGGUGAGGUGCCGGGGUCAGAGAGACAGAGCAACGGUCACCGAGGAGCACAAACCCGGGAGGAGAGAGCGCAGGGGCCCGGGGUUCAGGAGUGGCUCGACGGAUCCAGAUAUGAGGGAGAGUUUGUGAGCGGACUGAAACAUGGUAAAGGAAGGUACACCUUGAGAAAUGGAGAGGUACUGAACAGUCAACGCAGUCGUAAAAUAUUUAACAAAAAAGUUUUUGUAACAAAGGAUGGUAUUGUGGUUUUAUGUGACUUUUUGGCAGAAAUAACAGACUUUUUAUGAACUGUUUCUUCCAAUGGCGCACUCAGACUUUUAAGGGGCCGGGGGAAAAACGUUAAAAGGGCAGCUGUCAUUGAAACAGAUCAUUGAAAAAUCUGUUUCUGGCACCAUUUUGAAGAGCAUAUCAUACGCUCUUCAGUUUUUUUUCUUUUUUUUGGGAUUCUGUAUCAUAAGGUGGACUCACACGCAUAGUUUUAGCAAGUUACAUGUUAACAUGGGUAGUCUGAAGGUAACAGAAAAUGGAUCCACUUUCCAGCCCUUAGAGCCUAUUGUCUGCUCCUUUUUGUAGUACUAUGAGGGGUCUUUCUACAAAGACUACAAACAUGGUGGUGCAAUGUACUGCUGGCCCACAGGCCACAAGUUCAUCGGCAAGUUCUACCUCAACAGAAAGGAAGGAUAUGGGAAACAAAUGUUCCCUGAUGGAGCCACUUUCCAGGUAAAGGACAUUUUUAACAGGGAUUUAAAUUUUUAUUUGCUGUGAAUUCAUAUCAGUAAAAAACAAUAAACUUCUCCUCUUCUCUCAGGGUUUGUACCAUGCAGAUCAGCGGUUUGGUCCAGGUGUGGGUAGUGAUCCAGAUGGUUGUGAGGAUGUUGGUCUGUGGCUUGGAGAACAGUUGCUAAAGCUUUGUACCUCACUAAAUGGUUUUAGCCUGAAGAGCAUCCCAGAGUAUGCUGCUUAUAUGGAUUUAGCUAACAACACAGAGUGCCUCUCUCAGGUAACAAUCAAUGUAAGACUCACCAUCUUUAUCAUCAUACUCGUAUUUAAAUGUUCAGUCCUACUGAUGGAAAUUUAAGGACCUCUUGAGUCUGUCAUUACAGGACUGCUCCAAACCAUCUUUUCACAACUAUCUUUUCUCUGUACUGUUCUCCUCUCUUACCCUCACCAGACCUCUACUGGGGAUCCUCAGGUAGAUUUUGAAAGAGAUCUGCUGCCGGAUGAGGUUUUUAUCCUCCCUUCAGGAAUCGAGGCUUACUCAACAGAUGGAGACCACUUACCGCUGCCCCCCGGCCGAAGGAGAGAGUUGGAUCGACUCUUUUAUGGCGAGCUGUGGGAGCCCGAUGCAGAUGUGCACAGUGGCUAUAAGCGAGACCCGCUCUCCACUCUGCCCUUACAGUCCCGCAUGCAGGCUCACAUACACAAACACAGGUCAGGGAUACGAACAUGUGUGAAACUGUUGAUUAUUGUCUUCAAAACACACUGUGAAAAGGUUUGAAAGGAAGACUGAAAUAAUGCGCUGACUGUAUUUGUGUGUCUCUCAGACUACAGGCCAAGAAUGUGGACUGGAACGUGACAGCUGUUCUCUCGUCGAAUAGAGACAGUUUUGGUCCUAAAGGCCUUUUGGAGGUCAGCUCAGAGUUGUUGAUCCAGAACGCCUCAAGAGGGAAGCUGGGAGCCAUGUUACGGAUCCUCCAGACUAGAUUGGUUCACCCUGAUGUAGCAGAUUCACGUGGACACACCGCACUGAUCGCUGCCACAGUAAUGCUAUUGUAUUAAUCUGUUACAUUACAUUAAUCUGUUACUCAAACCCGGCGCCAAAAAACAUCUCUAUUAAUUAUGCAUUUGACUUUUAAAAAUUUAGAUGGGCGAGAUUUGUUGUCAAGAAACUACUUUAGCUUUGACAAGAUAAGUAAAGACUGCUUUUCCUACAGGAGCUUUAAAAAGUGGAUGAGGAAAUGAAGAGUUUGAUCCUCUUUGUCUUUUUGUCUGUCUUGUAUCCGUCAGGUAAACUGCCACGAUCAUGUGAUCCACCUGCUGUUGAAUAUGGGUGUCGAUAUUGACAAGUUGAAUUGCGAAGGCAUGUCCGCCCUGGCUGUGUGCCAUGUUCUCUACUAUCCUUUUCAGUCUCUGCACACCACCUUCACCAAGUCACCAACCAAAACUCAAGUAAGAUUCUCACUAAAUUUUCAUUUUUGUUCAGUUUCACCUCCUCCUCUGUAUCCUUUGCCCUUUUACACACAGAUGUGUUGAAUACAGACUUUUCCUGUGGUGUGUCUUUAGGUGUUGAGGUCUUCAUCUGUAGGUGGGAACAGUCCUCAGACCAGCCAAGUGGACUUCACUACAGACACACACAGGUUCAGUGUCACACCUAAGUCAACCUUCAACACUGAGACCGUCCACUGCCUUCUCUCUGAACAGAUUUUUGUCAUGGAUUUAUCCAAAUUUUAUUAUUAUGAUUAGCUUUUUAGUCUUUAAAAAGUCAAAAUCAUAUUUUCCCAGAACCCAAAGUGACAUCCUUACAGGUCUCAUGUUGUCCAGCCAACAGUUUUAAUCCCAAAUGUUUACUCUCUUUUGAUGGACCAAUCGACUGAUUUACACCAGCUCUAUCUGUCUGAGGUAUAAAUCAUGCCAUUCACAGCUAAUAUUUUCCACUCUAUCUCUUACUGUCACACCUCUUUUCCUUCAUCUUCAUCCACAGUGCUGAUGUCUACAAGCUGAUCGCAGAGCCGAAUGAGACCGGGACCCCUACAGACACUGAACGCCCGCAGGAGGAAGAGAUAGAAGAAAACAAGGAGGGAGAUGAAGGGAGAAGAGAGUACACUGAGACAGAGAGAGUGGAAGAUGAAUGUGAUGAGAGUGAGGUGGAGAGCAGAGGGGGUCAGACAGAGAGAAGUGGAGAAAGUGAGUCAAAAGAGGAGAAAGGAGAAUUAAUAGAGGAGGAAGAUUCAGAGUUAAGUGAAAGAGUAGAAGCAAAGAUGGAGGAGGUUAAAGAAGGGAAAGAAAGGGAGGCUGGCGGUGGACAACAGCUUAAUAGUGAAGAUGACAGUGAAGAGGAAGUUCAGGUAUGAAACAGAGAUCCUAUCUGUGAUUUUAACUUUGAUAAGUUGGCUCUUCUUUGAAUUGCUUUAAUUUUCUCUGCUACAGAACAAAGACAAAGAUCUGACCCGUGAAGCAACUUCAGGCUCUGAGUUUUCCAACAGCAGCCAAGUCUUAAAGACUCCGUGCUCAACAGAAGUGCGUGAUCGAUCAGUGAAUCCUCAGACACAGGAUACUGAUUCAGGAACCAUGAAGAUUGAGUCAGUUCCCUUCUCUCUCCUUUCAGAAUGGUUUGUUUUGCUGUGUUUGUUGUAUCAUAUCUGCUUUAAAGAUUUAAUAUAUCUGUCUGGGCAGGAACCAUGUUCGUUUGAACACUCUGAAGCUCUUACUGGAACGCGGAGCUGAUCCUAACGUAUGCAGGGUCCCCAUGCCUGUCCUGUUUUUGGCCAUUAUGGCAGCUGACCCCGAGGCUGUCAGGAGACUGCUGCUGUGUGGAGCUCGCACUGACAUUCCCCUCCCGCCUGUGGUAGGACUCUUGGUUACACACACCAUCAAAUACAUAAUAUGAAUAUAGUUUUUGAGUAAUUUGUAGUAAGGACAAAAGUGAAGGGAUACAUUUUGCUAUCCUAAAUCCUUCUUUAAAUUCAAAGGACCCAAAUACAGAACAAAAAAUGAUUUAUUAAAAAGAACGAAAUAAAAAGCAACAAAAAACAAAAUCCAAACAAAAGACACAGGAAAAAACACCAGGAAACAAAGGAUUCGCAGAUAAGAGAUCACAGGGAACAGGCUGACAUGCACACACAUCGACAUACAAACAGAUGUACAAUGAACCAACAAGGACAGAGGGCAAGACAGGGGCUAUAUACACACUGGGAAACGAGCAACAGGUGAGGCAGACGAGACACAGAUGAGACUCGUUAGUGAUUAAUGAAGGAGGGAAAACUGAGAAAGUGAAACCAGACUAGAAACACAAGGAACCAACUACUACAAAAUAAAACAGGAAACACUGAAAACUGAUGUAAAGGAUAAGACACAGAGAACGGAGGGUCAAACACAAACUGAAAACUCGCAAGACCAGACCACAGGAACAAUAGGGAACAGAAACACACAGAGAAUACACUCAAAUAACAAAACCAAGGGAAAACUAAAUGAACAGAACAUAUCAUGAAAAUUCACCCUUUUCAAAUGGAAACUUAUACAUCAGUCCUUUUCGUCUUAUUUGUAGCAGAGGAGCCUAUAUCCCUUGCAUGUUGCUGCAGCGCUGCCAGGUCCAGCAGGUCCCAAGAUCACAGAGCUGCUCCUUAAUGCUCUCGCCGACCCAGACGCACAAGCAUGUGACCAGGAUGAGAUCUUUGAACUGGAUAAGGUAACUGACUUUAUUAUUUUUUCUUAUUUUUCAAACUUGUUAAAUAAAAGUUUCAGUCUGAUUAUCAUUAUUUAUUUUAAGACCAAUAAACUGCUGAGCAUGACUGAGAACCAGCCCAGGUCGGAAGGACAAACAGCCCUGCAUGUAGCCUGCCAGAGAGCCAGUGACUUUAGGGUCAGUACUUGCUGCAUGUGCUCAUGCUUACAUUAAUACACCCCAUCAGAGGGGGAAUUCUCAGUCAUUCUGAUCUAUUUCAGUGACUUUGUCAUCAUUUUGCAGGGUGCCAGUGAAAUAGUCGCUCUGCUGCUCUCUCAUGGAGCCAAAACAGAUCUUCUCUGGAGUGGACACUCGCCUCUCUCCUUAGCUAUAGCAACAGGGAAUGACCUGGUAAUACAAACCUGAUAGACACCCAUAUACAAACACACACAAAGAGCCGCACUCUGUCCUGAUCCUGUCCCUGUUCCCUGUGCAGGCAGUGGAAGAGCUGCUGAAGGGUGGAGCAAAUCCCAACCUACCUCUUGGUCUCGGGGUGGGAAGCGCUCUCUGUGCCCUCGCCAACUUCAAGUACCCCUCAGGUGGCGACAGAGAUCACCUGGUAGAUACAAACGCACACGAAGACGAUGAAAUGACUUUUUAUAAAAUAUAUCAUUUUAGUAUCUUUUUAUGUGGCACCAAAUCAUACAGAACAGUAGGUCCAGAACAUACUGUGUGUGUCUUUGACAUAGUUGGAUAUGUUAGCUAAGGCCGGAGCUGACAUUUUGAUGCCAGUCAAGGUGGGAGAAGUUGUUGGGACUGCAGUGGAUUAUGCACACGACUCUUUUAACCAGGUAGACACACCAUCUGAACUCAUGUAACUCACUUUUCUGUUGACUCUGAAUCAGAGUUUUGGUUUUCAUUAGGAGGGUUUGUUUCUGCUUUGCUCAGACUUUAAAUUUUCUAAUAUCUGAGAAUAAAAUUUUGUACUCUUGUCGGAGAAAAGUUUUUGUUUCUGAAUAGAUGCCUCUUUGUUUAGGAUAUUCGCAUUGCCAAAACUCCCUUCCAUGCUUUAAGCAUUAGGGAGAGGAUUAUAUUUAAAACACGGCGCCAUCUGCUGAGCAUGAUGGGAAAUCUGCUGAGACAGACUGCCCGCAAGAGGCAGCUCGAAACUAAAGAGCAGGAACACGUCAAGCUGAACAGUGAGUACGAAAUUCUUGCUUUUCUAGUUUUCCUUAAAUAAAAUAAAUGUAAACUAUGACUGUGGGCUUUAAAUAAGUAAAAGACAGGUUUUGUUUACACAGGGGCAAAUGUAAUGUCCUUGAAUAGGCCUCUUUCUACCUGCAAAAGUCUGUCACCCGAUAAAGAACAAGACAGGUACUUAAACACACAAACAUCUAUCUUGAGUCAUCUAGGCUAGUUGAAAAAAAGAAAACUCUUGACUAAAAGUGCGAUUUUUGUCUCAGGUAUCAAAAGUUCAAGUUCUGCUAUCACUGCUGCCGCUCUACAUACGUGAAGCUGACAGCCUGUAGCCAAUGCCACAAGGUCUUCUCCUGCUCCAUGAGCUGCAAGAUAAAAGCGUGGGCUGAGGGACACAAGCAGGAGUGUGUGAGAGAGUCAGGAGGGACCCGUGGUGGCCCAGUCACAAACCAGAAAACUGCAGGCCCCAAAGAGUCCCCCAGGAGCACCAAAGUGCAGACAAGAAAUAUCAGUAAAUAAGCUUUCAAAUAAAAAUGACAGUAUAAGAUGUGGUUAUAGUGUUUUAAAUCUGCGAUAUUUGCGGGAUUAUAUCGUAGUACAGAGUAUGUAAAUACUUUAUAUGUCUGUCUCUCUUAAUCCAGCAACUGCUGAUGGCAUUCAGAAGAGUGUUGUGUUUAAAUCCCAAGGAGGCUCGACACACUCGACUGCCAUGAGGAAACCUAAAACAGUCUCCAGGCCUCUGAUUGAGGAGUUGAAAUCUCCUCGAAAACUUCCCGAACCAUUGAGCGUGGCAGAGGUCCAAAAGAGCCUAAAAGAAAACUACAGCUACAACUGA